GACACCGUAUGCCAAAUGACAGCUUUGUGAGCCAGACGCUGUGCUUAGCCUCCACUCUGUCCGUGGCUUGCGUGUCCAUCGACAGGUACUGUACAAUUGUGUACGCCUUCGACUACCAAACGAUGAUGACGCAGCGACGGGCGGGAGUAAUGCUGGUCUUGACUUGGCUCGCGGCAGCCAUCAUCUCUCUCUUGCCGGUAUUUGGCGUGGGACUGUACCGCUUCCUCCCAGCCACACACCACUGCACCUCAGACUGGACCCAAUCCCCUGCCUACUCCCUCUCCGUCCUCACGGCUGGAUUCUUACUCCCUCUCGUCAUCACUUCCGUCUGCAACUUCCGCAUCUUCCGAGCAGCCAGGUCCCAGUCCAGGCGCGUUGACGAGCUGUCCUCGCGCGGAGUCGACGGGACGGGAGGCGGUGAUUCGUCCAGGCAGCGCGUACCACGUCAAGUGUGGCGCCCGCCGCGUCACCGCGCCCACGCGGCCAAGAUCAUUCUGGUAGUCUUCGGCACCUUCUUCUGCUGCUGGACGGUCUACGUUGCCGCACACAUCUCGAACGUCAUCCGCUACGAGCACGAGGCUGUGGUCAGCUGGUCCGAGAAAAGAGCGCCCUCUAAAGAUCCCUACGACCAAAACUGCUGGUGGAUCACCUUGGCGACCUUUGUGGCUUUCGCAAAUGCUGUAAUCAGUCCGUACGUCUACACGUUGUUGAAUCGCAGGAUGCGCAAGACGUUGCGUAAACUCCUCAUCCGGCUGUGCUGCCCAGCAGGCAGGGUUGACUACCGCAGAUCCACUAUCGUGUUUGCUACAAAUGUCAACAGCAGCUGGCGCUCUACCCGGCAGAGGGCUUUGUUUGGCACACGCCUGCAGAGCGAGGAGUUCCACACCAGCGAGAUGGCACAGAGAGGAUCUCUCUCCAGAUCCAUUAGGGGAUACACGGGGUCUUUCGUCAGCGUACCCUCCCACUCCACCAACCCUACAGAUUCCAACUACAACGUCAUGUGUUCCGCUACCUCAUCCUCAACACCUCCUGCCAGAAGAAGAGGCCCCGCACCUCGACUAACCUACAAUCUGGAGAACAGAACACAGGAACUACCUCCCGUGAAACAAGGAGCUACCUUACCACCUCUUUGGUGUCGCGCAGACAUGACCUUCCGAGGAACUGCUGAUGAUUUAAGAGACAACCAACAUAACCGCACAGGGAGGUACUCAUCACAGUCGACCUCGGAGGCCGAGGAUGAUGGCACCUCAACCUCACACCAGCCGUGGGUCAUCCAGGAGGGAGAUGAUGGGUGCACACCAGAGUGUAUUUGGCCCAGAGCUACCGGGCGUCUUCUCACCCCUCUGGGCUCUUCCUCUUCCAAACAGACCCAAGAGCCAGCAUUUAGACUACCCGAUUACCACCUCCUGGGUGCUAAUCUGACCCCAACCCAUAAGAAAUCCCUCCGAGCUAACCCGAGGGAAAAAGCAAACUUUGAGACAGCGAGUGUUCUGCAAGUCCGUCCGAGUCCUACCAAGCAGAGGACGGGGAAAGUGUCACGGAAAGAUAAUGCGAAGGACAACAAACCCAGGCCAGGGAGGAGUCGAUCUGCAUGAAGACACUUACCCACAUUGAGAAAAGGGGCGAGCAUAAGGUCCGGUUUAAAGUUCCCGCCAAAAGGAGAAACCACGCCUUUCCAGAUGAGCAUGCGCGGAAGACCGAGAAGGGUCACCGACGCGCAGGCAGGCGGCGACGCUCUACCUCCAGCGACUCGUCCGGGGCGGGGUCUGCCUCAUCUCAGGAUAUGAUGACGUCAUCAGUGGACCACGCUACGCCCGCUACGCCCUCUACGACCGUGGUGCAGGAAGGGACUGAGCAGAAGCCGGCAGUGACUCUUCCAAGGAUCGCGUGGUGCAGACCGCUGUCUGGGUCCCUGACGAAAGGCGACGAUCAGCGAAGCGGAACGAAAAAGAAGAAAAGAGCACCGACUCCACCCAGGGUGCCAAGACCUUCAAACUCGUGAACUUUUCCCCGGCCCCUUUUUUAUUAUCUCGAUAAAAUAU